AUGCUUUCUCGGGAACACACAACUUGCAUGGACAUGAUGAGUGUGUUAGAGAGACAGGCUGCAAGGUUCAAAUGGCUGCAACAACAGCAACAGCAACUACAACUUAAAGACGCCACCCACUUGCCAAUAAUGCCUCACUUCCAGGGAAUCUUCAGUCAGGUGGAGACUGGGUCGACGACGACUCUGCCGCAGCACGGGGGGAACCAUCAUCUCCUGCUCCCUUCAGGAUUCGAGUUUCUUGCUCCUCCCGACCAAGUUGUCAGCCAUCAUCCUUCUCUUGGAAUUGACCAUUGUCUCUCGAGGACUUCUAGCUGCCACAUGGCGGCGGCGGCUUCGGCUCGGGCGGCGCCCGAGGAGGGGGAAGAGGAUGCUGUGGUGGUUAUGAUGGCAGAGGAAAAUGGAGGAAGAAGCUUGGCGGAUGGUUCAAACAAGAGGAAAACAGAGAACGAAGAAAUUAGAGGGAAGAAGAGAGUGAAAGGAGAAAUGGAGGUGGAGUCUAGCAGAAGCAGAAGUGAAGAGACUAAUUGCAGAGGAGAUUCAACACAGGAGGAAACCCAGAAGAAGAAGAAGAAGGGUUCUUCAUCAGGAGAUGAGAAACAAGAUUAUAUUCACGUCAGGGCACGCCGCGGCCAGGCUACUGACAGUCACAGCUUGGCAGAAAGGGCAAGGAGGGAAAAAAUAAGCAGGAAAAUGAAGUGCCUGCAGGAUUUAGUCCCUGGCUGCAACAAAAUCACUGGAAGGGCAGGGAUGUUGGAUGAGAUCAUCAAUUAUGUUCAGUCCCUCCAGCGCCAGGUUGAGUUCUUGUCAAUGAAACUUGCUGCGGUCAACCCAAGAAUGGAAUUCAACUCCGAUAAGCUCUCUGGCAAAGAGUUUCCUGGUUACCCGAGUUUUCCAACAGCCAUGAACAGCAUGUUUCCAGGAGCAGCAAGUUUGGCGCAGCUUCAGCAGCUUGCAGCGAGCAGAGAAAUGGAAAACCUGACGACGAAUCACAGCCAGAUUUCCUCUGAGAAAACCCAGACCUCCUCGGCUUUCAGUCCUGAACUCUGCCUCGAUUCCUCCAGUUUCCCUCAAGUCCAAGUCCACCAACCUUUCUGGGAAGCGGAUUCGCAGAGCUUCCAGGACAUGGGUUUCCAUCGUUAUCAAGGCUGA